ACAAAGAGGCAGGAGGAGGUGGGGCUGCAACACUAAACCUCGCUGGAAAAGGAGAGCUGCCAGGAUGAGUGUAACCAGGAGCAAUGGAAAAUGAGAAGGCAGAUUGACCUGCUCGAGAAGUGACGACCAGUGUGCCACCAGGAUACCAAGAGCUCCUCACACAAUGGACCGCUCCGUUGGUGUGGCUGGGAUUGUCGCCGCCGUGUGUCUGUCUCUGGUGCUUGUGGGAAUUUUCAUCUUCAUCAUAAUCAGCUGCUACAGAGCCAGAGGCUUGCCAAGAAGACCCAGCCUGUCAUUUGACUGGAAGUCAAUGUGCAACUUAAAGAACCUGGAUGUGGAAUUGGCCCCUCCAUUUUCUAUCAGUGGACGGAUGGAUGACAAUGAGGAGAUUCAAUACAGGUCCAUGGAGGAGGUGCCCGAUGGAGGUUACUUGUCAUGGCGAUAAUUCAGCAUUUUGGGCAUUUAGGACUGGGACAAAAUUGGCCUUAGCUCUACCUCUUUGGGAGACCUAAUGAUGCUGUCUUGGAAAAAUGAACAAAUGAUCUGAAUGUCCCUGGACUCCCAACAUGGAGAAAUUGUUCUGUCUCGACUCUUCCAUCACUACAAGUUCAAUGGACUAGUCUGCCCAACCUGAAGCCAGACCACCUUUGUGAAGACCAUUCCCACUAAAAAAGACUUGCCUUGUGCUCAUUGGCCACCAAGAUGGGGACAAUGGUAAAACUAUCCUGGGCCUCAAGAGUGGUGGCAAACUAGGAGAUGGUCAUGAUUACUGGACGCCAUAGCUCUUGUGACAGUUAUGGGGGUACAAAACCAUACCUCAUCUCUUAGUGACGAGACGUCAAUACAAUUAAGACUGUUAUGGCUACUUCUGGACACUGUGAUUUGCUUUUCUACUUUCUUCAUUCCAGUUCUAGGUGAGGGUCUACUGGAUUGGCCUGUGCCUGGGAUGUCCCACUGCCAUCAUGUCAGCCUACUGCUGCCCUGCAUUGUGUCUUACCACUUUGUUUUCUGGUUCAGAGAGAUGUUAUUGCACAAAAGCUCUGCUGGGGAGAAAAAACAUGAUUGUGAAAAAGUAUAUACCCCCAUGGAAGCUGUUGAGUGUUUGAGCCUAUCUAGAUUGUGUGAACACUAGAGGGCACUGUUGCUCCUCAAAUCCAACAGACAGCCACUGAAGACACAAGUUAAAAGCACCAAGAUAUGUUUUAUUCCUACUUUAAAUUCUUCACAGUGCUCUUCACCACCACAGUCACAAGUAAAUAGGCAACACUGCUCACAAUUA